AUGACAGCAAGUCUGGCCGUGCUCGUGGCGCUAAGCGUGUUUCUCUUUGUAGGGACCAUCGUCAUUUUGCUCUUCUUUUGUCGUCGUGUGCAACUUCAACGCGAACCUUUAUGGAACAAGCUUUAUGGCGCUGCGACAUUAAAAGGUGCAGAGCGGGACGUGGCAGGUAAUAAGAAACGUUCAGGCUCUACAGGACACAACAAUUACUCAAGUGGUAAUUUGAGUACGAACUCAGCGCAGAGAAUGGGAAGAAUUGGUGAAACAGAGGCAUUUUCGUCUGCUCAGGCCGAUGACGCUAUUGGCGGGUCUUGUGGACGACCGAGCUUUGAGCUUCCGAGAAAACCAAUGAUGACGAAGAAAUUAAGCAAAUUGCAAUUGGCUGCAAGUCGAAGACAGCAGUGGAAACGAAUGCCAACUACUGACGGACUGCACCGGUGGGUUAGGCAACAGUCUACUAAGAAACAAAGAAGAGGGCAACGAGAUUCGAUGGAGAGCGAUCCUGGAGGAAGAGCGUCGCUUAGUAGGUACCUGGACGCAACUGAUCGGGAUAGCAACCUGUCGAUUGGAUAUAUUCGAGUGCGAGACUCACUUGGGAGAUUAGUGCUUAAUGAGAGUGAUGUUGUAGCCACUGACUUUCAUUAUCGAAUCAAUAUUCUCGACGGCAUAGGCAGCUCAGAACUCAUCAUGAAUUUGGAAGGAGUGCAUAAUCUGCCUUUUCCAGACAAGAUUCGCUGGUUUACGACUGAAAUUCAUCGAUUGUGGCUUCCUUGGGAAUCUGGUCAUGCGGAACUUGUGGUACGACGGGAUCAUUUGUUGCAGGAUUCUUUUGAGCUUGUAACUGCGAUGAAGCCAUUUCAGCUUAGGCAGCGAUGGCGUGUCGUCUUUGACGGGGAACCGGCGCUAGAUGCCGGUGGCGUCAUGCGUGAAUGGUUCACUUUGCUGUUUGCUGAGCUUUUUGAUCCGGCUUUAGGACUUUUUGUAAGCACAGUGGGAGACGAGCGAAGCUACUGGAUCAAUGCCAGCUCCAAUCUGAUAGACGGCGAAGAAGAUUUCUUGGCUUUUUAUAAAUUUGCUGGACGUCUUGUGGGAAAGGUCAUUUUGGAAGAGCAUUUGAUGCCGGUUCAUCUUGCGCUCCCAUUCUUAAAACACAUUCUGGGUGUUCCAAUUUCAUUCUCAGACUUGCAAUUCCUGGAUGAUGAGAUCUACAAUAGUGCAAUGAUGGUAAAAAAGAUUGAUGAUAUCGAGCCACUGUGUCUCGACUUUACAGUCACCCGCAUAGUGGACGGCAAACCUUACAUCGUCGAACUUAUUGAGGGAGGCGCUAACAUUGAUGUCACGCGCGAAAAUCGAUCGCGCUACUUGGACGCAUUGUUUAAAUACCAUGUCAUGGGUAGCGUCAGCACUCAAUUGCUGUCAUUCCUUACGGCUCUUUACGAUGUUGUACCUGAGGGACUUCUCAAGCUCUUUGACUACCAGGAACUUGAGCUACUUAUGUGUGGUGUACCAUCCAUUGACGUGGAGGAUUGGAAAAAGCACACGGAUUUUAGGUUUUUCACGCACAACUUUCCGACAGAGCUAGAGCUUAAGAACAUCGAGUGGUUUUGGGAAGUAGUAGAGGAGAUGAAGAAUGAGGAUCGAGUACGUUUGCUCCAAUUCGCGACAGGUACUAGCCGCGUGCCAGCUCAAGGUUUUAAGGGAUUAAUAAGCAGCGAUGGACGUGUGCGGCGAUUCAAUGUUGCUUUUGCUGGCUUGAACCAAUCGUUCCUGUUUCCAAAGGCCCACACAUGCUUCAAUCGUAUGGAUUUGCCUAUUUACAAGUCGAAGAAAAUCUUAGCAGAAGCUAAUACCAAGCGCACUCGAAAUGCACAGGAAGUCAACAAUGUUCUUAGAAAGCGAGCAAGAUUGUCUCUGCCACUAGAUCAAAAGGAAUAUUCGCUAGAGUAUAUAAUGGCUGAUGUGAAAAAGGCUGCUAUAAAGUACGGCCACUUACCAGAUUCUGUCGCUUCUAAGCUUCUUGAUAGGAAUGGAACGGUCUCGUACCUUACGACGGACCGCAAGAGCUGGGUGUACCAUGUACCGCGCUGGUAUCAAUACAUUUUCAAGCACGCUACGUCUGAGGAUUUUCGGCGUGGGCAGCACAUCCUAAAGACUAUGAUACCAUAA